ACUUAGGUAGUUUUUUCUGGUGUUGAUGACCUGAAAGACCAGUACAUGAAGAUCUAACUUCCUUCACUUGAGUCAUGAGAUACAGACCAGCCAUAUUUGUGGGGUUAAUCGCAACAAUUGUAUACUUUGAUGUCACUAAAGACUACAAUGAGCAGAUUUGGCAGCAGUGUGAAAAUCUCAUGGUGUGGAGGUCAAAAGAAUCCAUUUUGGCAGAUAGAUAUGGCCGGUUUGUUGAUAAAACCCAAACUUUAGCCAGCUCAUUUUUCAUUGGAUUCAAUGGAAAUAUGGAUGUCAUUUUGAAUGGUAAAGAAUUGUUAAAAAAGCUUGGAUACAGCAGUUCUGACAGUAUUCAUGGGCAAGAUAAACUGGUUAUCAAUACAGCUGCUGAUCUGGCUAGUGUUUUUAAAUACUACUUCAAACAAGAGACUGCAGCCGAGAGAGCAGUCAUUGAAGAGGAUAGCUGGCUUGAAAUUCUGAAAGCAAUUAAUGAAAUAGAAGACAAAACUUACUUCAUUGGUGGAAAUGCUGCUCUAAUUGCCAGAACCAUGAGUUACAGCAAUAUUGCGAUUAAGUUAGCUGUGCCUGGUGGCCCGGAGUUGAUAAAGCAGCUAAAAGAGUACAAGGUUGAUGUUAUGGAUCAGUGUCAACAGUCUCAAGAUGAACUACACGUUAUAAUGGAGUAUGGAGUGGGGGAAGAAUUUGCUGGUCACACUUCGAAGCGAGCAAACAGAUUCAUAUUCUCAAGGGACAUUGCCAACAGUCAGAUGUCAGCUAUUGCAUGUUUGACUGAAGGGGCAGUAGCUGAUGUAGACGUUGUUGUGAUAGCAGGUUUCCACAUGCUAGAGACACAGCCCACUGUCCAACAACACGCUGUGAUUAGGUCAGUUAGAGAGAAAUUGUUAUCACACAAACAAAUUCAUCUGGAGUUAGCCAGUAUGACGAAUAGAGCGUUCCUACUGGACUUAUUUAACAUGCUUGCAGUCCACUCACACUCUCUUGGGCUGAAUGAAGCAGAGUUAGAUUUCUUGUCAGUUUCACUCGGGGGGGACAGGGUAGAUGUUAAAGAUGUCUCCAGUGUGAAAGCAGCUCUGGUUCUGGUACUAGAGAAAGCUGGGAGAGAAAGCUUGCUGACCAGAGUUCAUUUCCACUGUUUGACUUAUCAUGUCAUUAUCGAGAGAAAAGGUCACUGGAAGAACAGUGCAGUAUCUGUUGCUAUGGGAACAUACAUAGCUGCCAAGUUUGCAUGUGACACGCCGACCAUAGUUCCAACAAACCACGAAUUACGGUACCUUGGCACUGACAUCAAACCCGUCCAAUCUGAGGAGAUUGGGGACUACAUGCUGAACAUUUCACCUGUACUGGUGUGUAAACAUCCUCUGAAAACAGUCGGACUGGGAGACUCCAUCAGUGCUACUGGUCUUCUUUACACUAUCAGAACUAACAAUUAAUAAUUAUAAUCUUAAUUGAUCUGAUCUUAAUUUGAUAAUGAUUAUACUGAUUAGAUAUAUUAGGUAAUUUGAAUCUUUGAAGAAUCUCAAAACACAAUAUGGGCCAUGUUGUUGCUUGAUUACUGCUGUGGACUCCAUAUUUGAAUGUGUUUCAUAUUUAAGAUUGAAAUGAAAUUAAGGGUAUUAAUUUUUUUCAUACAAGUUAAAAUAAAGUCUUCAUGUUAUGAAUCCUGAAAAAAAUGAAUUUGUUGCUUUGGUCUCUGCGGUAUUUUUAUUUCUAAAUUUCAAGCAAAGAUGUUAUGAAAUCCCUGCCAUUUUCAGUAAUCAAGUUAUCGUGACCCUGAUAAAUUAUACAACCACUGGCCUUAUUGUUUAAUUUCUGAUUUCGUAAUUAAUUUUAUUGUUGGGCUUUGUAAAGAGCAGCAUGUUUGUUUUUUUAAAUGAUUGAAUUCUACAUCAGAUUUUUAGGGGCUGGCUCAAAAUUUAUUUUCGAUUAUAGACUUUAUUGUGUACAUGGUUUAUUUCUUUAAAGAUUUUUACCAAAACUGUUGAGACCAAUUAUUGGACUAAUCACGAUUUUAUGAAAACGAUAUUUUCCCAGCACCCUAUUAUCUUAAAGAUUGAAUACUGAUGUUCUGGAAAUUCAUAAUCAAAACAAUAAAUAUUUUGUUUAGAAAUGUUUGGAAAUCAUGUGAUCACUGUUACCAGCCGAUAUAUUAGAUAGGUUAUAUAAACUUGUUGAAAGGACGAAACUAAAAUGUUUAGAAAUAACGGCCAAACUCUUUUCCAAUUCACUUUUAUAAUAAACAGUGCAGACUUGGCAGGUA